UUGUUGACUGUCAAGUGAGCCCUUGGGGACCGUGGAGCUCAUGCGAUGCGGACUGUGGGGCAGGAACGAUGAGCCGCUCCCGCACGGUGGUGGUUGAACCGCAGAACGGUGGCAGACACUGCCCCAGCCUUCAGCAGAGGCGCGGAUGUCAAGUAUCCAAUUGCCAUCACCACCAGGAUCCCGCAAUCAAAGAGAUGGCAAUCCUUUUACCAGGAUCACUGUCGAAGUCGAGGAAGUCCAAUGAGACGGAUCUUCGACACAACUUGAGGAUCAACUAUCCCGAGGAAAACUUGGAAUACGACCCAGCGAAACAGUACUGCGUUGAAUUCCAGGUGGUGAAGGCGUCGAAGGCGUGCAAGAAGGAGUCCAAUUACGAGGCGCUCAAGGAAGGUGAAACGGUGUGCGUACGUUGCGAGUCUCAGGCCCUGCGAAAAACCCUCGGAUAUAGGUGUCAAGGUCACGGGGUGACCGGACUCUUCACCAGAUGGUCAGCUUUUUCGGCGCCGCAUUGUCACGGCAAAUGGGUCCGUGUCCAGCAGCACGCAGACAAGUCCUGCGGAGUAAAAUCCUGUCAAGCGGACAGCAUUUACAUUUUCGUUUAAUUUCGACAUGUUACACACUCGAAACACGGCCCAAACCCGCCUCCUACCCCCUUCUACACACACACACAAACUAUUUUACCUUUAUUUAGACUGAACCCAUAUAUAUUCAUUUAAUUUACUUUACUUUACCCUAGACUGAGACGUUUUCGCAAUUU